CCCGCCAGACUGUAAAAUUAGUGAACGAAGUGAAUGUCAAGUAAAAAAAUCCCAUGUGCACAUUAUGAUUCAGCGCAUGUCUCCCGUUUCUCAGCCAAUAGUAAAAAAUCAAUAUCACCUUCAGGUGCGUCACACUCAUGAGAUAAGUUCAGAUAUAAUUAUUUUAAAAUUAAACCUUGCACAAUUUUUACAAAUGAGUUCAGAAUUGUCGUUGCGAAUGGGAGAAUAGUGCGCGCGCUUGCUUCCGUGUAACUCGCUGUUAAGUUAAUUGAAGACCUGUGUAAUUGCGGAUACGCCACUGCGCUCCUGCAAAGUAUUUCCUUUCCCUUUAAUGAACAAAAUCUAACGGAGUAUGAUCGUCACGCCUUCUGCCGAUCAGUAGGCUGAGAAAAUAACAAAUUACGUUCUCUCCGUCAUUUACGACGGUACGUAACAUUAGUCUUGAGAUUUUUUACCAAUUUCUUUGACGUGCGAGUGCUGUUCGCUGAUAUGCUCUAAGAUUACCAAGUGCGGAACUAAAACUAAAUUUUAACUUGAAAAGUGAACGUGCCGAAACGAAAUGGAAUUCAAAUUUGAUGUGAGCGAUAUAUUUCCAUGCUCAAUUGUCGAAAUUAAUCCCAGCCUCAUUCCUCCCGGAUUCGCUGGCGAUAGAAGAGGAUUAACCAAUGUCGUCGCAAAAGUGGCGGAGGUAGUCAACGCAAUGGGCGACGCGUCUGCCGCCGCUCAAGGAUUGUCAAAUCCCAUCACGACAGCUGAACGCCUUCGAAAAGCCGAUCAAACUGUUUACCUUCUCCUCGAUCGAGAAGCAAAAGGAGGCAAAGGAGUCGUAACUGGAAUGCUCAAAACUGGCAAAAAGAGUCUGUACGUUUUCGAUCGUGAUGGGCAGCAUCAUCACGUGUCACCGCCUUGUGUUCUCGAUUUUUACGUACACGAGUCCAGGCAGCGAACGGGUCUAGGCAAACAACUUUUUGAGCACAUGUUAAAGAAAGAAAGUGUUGAACCAGCAAAACUGGCAAUAGAUAGACCAAGUGAAAAACUAUUGUCCUUUAUGACCAAACAUUAUGGUUUAGAGGCUCCCAUGCGGCAAAUGAAUAACUACGUUGUCUUUGAUGGAUUUUUCCCAGAGGUUGGAUCUGCAGAUGUCAAUGGCGAUACUCCAGAAAAUGGAACUAAACAAGCAGCAAAUGGGCUACAGACAUAUACCGGACCUUUGGGGAGAUAUGGGGCGCCCAGGCCACCUUGUAGCAUGGGGCAGAUAAUACAUAAUCAAUCAUCAAUACAGUCAACUGAAACGGCAGGUGCUAAUGCGCCCGCAUCACCAGCCGAUACUACUAACCCAGUCCAAUCUCCUAUUGAACAGUCAUACAGUGACGUUCCUGCUCCAACUACUCCCUCCAAUAUUGCGUAUCAGCAACCUCAAGCACAAGUUGAUCCCCAAGCUCAUUUUUAUCAGCAACCUAAUGUCUAUCACCCUUACCCUCAAUCACACACUUUCAACCCACAUCCAGUGUAUUCUCAACCACAAAUGUACAAUUUACAACCAUCAUAUAGUCCCACAAACUUGCAGCCCUAUCAGCCUGCAUCCCUUCCUGCGCUUUAUGCACCCUUACAGCCUCAACCACCCCCGCAUACACCCGUUUAUUCGCCGUAUGUCCCACCACAAGUCUAUCUCCCUCCUCCUUCGGCAACAUAUUUACCUCCCCAAGCCUCUUACACAGCACCAGCUCAACCAACUGUAUACCAAGCGCCCGAGCCGCAAAUCUAUCCCCCACCGAUUGCCCCAGUCCAAUAUCCUUCUACCAUUUCGCAACCGAGUCAGCACUACCUGCCACCAGUUUGUACUCCAAUUGUACCUCAACCCUCAUCCGCUGUCGAACCGGUUAUUGCACAUCCCACACCUCCAGAUAAGACACCAUCACAACCUCAACAAACUACCCAAGCGCAAGAAGCUCAACCUUGUCAGCAGUCAUUCAGCACGGUUUCCUUAACAAACGGGUACCCAUCACAAACUCCUCCCGCUCCCAGAUCCAGCUUCGUCACGACUCAACCGUACAAAUAUUACGACAGCACGCAGCAGGUUAUGCAAACUGAGUACAUUGAUUCCAAAGUUGCUCAUUCAUCUCCUGCAGGAGACACGCUGGUUACAAAUGAGCAGUCUCCGCAAGGACAUUUAAGACCUGCACCUUACACACAGAGCUCAAGCCCAGGCCAAAGUGGAGACUAUCAACAGCAACCAGUAAAUGUGACUCCUACUCAAGAUCAGUCAGGUCAACUGUUGUGUCAAAGCACGCCCCUUCAGAUCCAGCUGCCGGGCCCCAAAUAGCAUCCCAAUAAGUUAUAAGUUACUUAGAGAAUCAAAUAUUCCAGUGAUACUAGAAAAUCCCUUGAGGAGUCUGUUAGUCAAUCGCCAAAAUUGGAGCGUCCCCGUUCUUUAGUUAUACAACGCACCGAAGAUAUAAUCGAUGUCUUAGAUCAGCAAAUUAUAAGGAAUGUCGAAAGUGAGGUACAUU